AUGGCUCACAUUAACCUCCCCGUACCCAACGCACGCGAAUACUACCCUCUUAACAACCCGAAUAUCGGUGUUGUCGAGGGUGGGACUCCCCCGGCUUUGUUUGAGCCACUCACGAUACGAGGAGUAGAAAUUAAGAAUAGGAUAUGGGUGGCUCCGAUGUGCCAGUACAGUUCCUCCAACGGCCACGCUACCGAUUGGCAUCUUGUGCACAUCGGAAAUCUUGCAACCCGUGGUGUUGGAUUGAUCUGCUUGGAGGCCACCGCUGUCGUACCGGAAGGACGCAUUUCUCCCGAGGACGCCGGACUAUGGACAGACAGUCAAAUCGAGCCUCUCAAACGCAUCGUCGAGUUCGCUCAUGGCCAGGGAACGACAAUUGGCAUCCAACUCGCCCACGCGGGACGAAAAGCAUCAACUUAUGCUCCUUGGCUCAAGGACAAAAUGGGUCAUGGAACGUCGUGGACAGCGCAAGAGGACGAGAAUGGUUGGCCCAAUAACACAUAUGCACCCAGCGAGAUCUCCUUCAACGACGCGACCUAUCCCCACCCGAAAGCAGUCACCGAGGAAGACAUGAAGUACAUCGAAGACGCGUUUGUGGCCGCGGUAGAACGUUGCAAAAAAGUUGGCUUCGACUUUAUUGAGAUUCAUGCCGCCCACGGCUAUUUAUUGCACGAGUUCCUCUCUCCCCUCUCCAACUUGCGAACGGAUGAUUAUGGAGGAUCGCUUGAAAACAGAACACGUUUUCCGACACGGGUUGUCCAGCGCGCCCGCGAAGCUUGGGGCAACAAGCCUUUCUUCGUCCGAAUCAGCGCGACCGACUGGGCUGAGGGCCCAGAGAAAGGGGAGGACAGUAAGUGGUUGCAGUGGGGAAUAGAGCAGAGCAUAUAUUGGGUGGGCGAACUGAAGCGGCUAGGGGUCGACCUUGUGGAUGUGUCGUCCGGAGGGAACUGGUUCAAGCAGAAGAUUGCAGUGAAGCAUGGCUACCAGGUGGAUUUUGCUGAAGCGGCCAAGAAAGCACAUCCCGACAUCCUCAUUGGAACCGUCGGUAUGAUAACAGACCCAAUCCAGGCCAACGCGUAUGUGAAAGAAGGCAAAGCUGACGUCGUGUCGCUGGCAAGGGAGCUAUUGCGAAACCCGCACUGGCCGUUGUAUGCUGCAAAGGCGCUUGGAGCAAAAGUGAAAGCCGCCAACCAGUUUGAGCGAGCUUGGCUGUAG